AAUCCAGUACCGCGGAUUUGCUGGGCAGGGUCCCACCCGCACUCAUCUCAAUCUCUUGUUCUUUUGGGGCCGGGCCAAGGGCCUCGUUAGGGCAGCCUCCCAUCUUAACAAGACUGACUUCGGACCCCUGCCCAUUGGCCAAGCCGCUCGAGGUGUACGGAGCAGACUCCGUACUGGCCAGGCUUUGGGGUGAGCCAUCACCCAACUUUGGACGCCACCACGAGUUUAGAUCUCUUUUCCUGGGACCCCGGUCAUGCUUUGGGAGAUGACAGGGCUUGGCCAACUCGGCGACAGGCCUUUAUUAGCAUCACCAUUUAUAGCCUUGUCCUCGCUUCCCUCUCUGCCCUUUUCUCUAUUUAAAUUCCAACUUAUCUCUGCUGGUCUGGCCCCCCACGUCUGGGCCCGGUCUGCUUAUACCACCUACCUGUAUCUGUACAUACAUAUGCGUGUCUGCUGCGAUCAUCCUUGGCCCCGUUUGCAAGUCGUCAGCCCAGCCGUCACUCCACCGCACACGCCGAACUCGACCCAGCGCUUUGUGCCCCUAGCAUUCGUGCUAAGUCAGAUGUAUCGACGACCCUGAGCGCCAGAUCUUUUACUUGCCACACGCGCUAUGGAAGCGGGUGACGUUGGAACCCGACAGAGGUGCGUUCUUACUCGUGCAUUCCUCCAUGCCUAGCCGCUCCAUCCACCGGUCUUUCUUCUACUCCUACGCGACUUGAACAUCAACUUGCAACAUCUCCCCAUUCUCAC